AUGAAGUUUGGAGGGCCAGCUUCAUUGCUUCACUUAAUGACCGUCUUCUUCCUACUGUCAUGUUUGUCUCCUGAUUUAUGUGCUCAUGCAGACCCUGUAAGAAAAGUGGACUCCCGAGAUUCAGCUUAUUUUCAAGUGAAACCAGCAACUGAUGUUACUCUUCCGAGACAGAUUCACAUUGCAUUUGGUAUUGAGCCGACAGACAUGACAAUACUUUGGGCAACGGAGAUGCCAGACCAGUCCAUUGUUCAGUAUUAUCCACAAAAUCAACCGGGGAGCACAGCUACAGUUGACGGAAAAUCAGUCACAUUUGACAACAACACUGACGGAUGGAAGCAUUUACACAGAGUUGCCAUACAUGACCUUACACCAGGCAUCCUGUACUUCUACAGUGUUGGUGGUGGUAUCCAGUCACUAAGGAGCAAAUUCUUCAGCUUCAGAGUUCCGUUUAAAUACGAACCACAUACCUACAUGGUGUUUGGAGAUCUAGGGACCAGAAGUGCAAAUCUUCAGUUCUUAGUUCACGAGUCGAGAGCAAGAAACUAUAGUGCUAUUUUUCAUGUAGGGGACAUCGCCUAUGAUUUAGGUAGAGAUGGUGGUAAAGUUGGGGAUAAAUUUUUGAAUUUAAUCCAAUUGAUGUCGGCAAACACUCCCUACAUGACAGUGCCAGGAGAUCAUGAUUUGUUUCAGGAUGACCAAUAUAGGUACAGAUUUUCUAAUCCAAACGCAGACUGGCCGAUGCAAAUGGAUCAACUGUGGUACAGCAUAGACAUGGGGAAAACUCAUUUUGUGUGCAUUUCCACUGAAAUAUUUUUCACUGAUAAAGGAAAUGAAGAAAGAUUUAUGAAGUGGUUACAACAUGACUUAACAAAAGCCAAUGACAACCGGAGUAAUUUCCCCUGGGUUGUUGUGAUGGCCCAUCGACCAAUGUACUGCUCUGUGGAUGAUACCAGGGAAGAUUGUAGAAAGCCAGAUUCUGUUGUAAGGCAAAGUCUGGAAAGUGUUUACUCUCAGUUUGGUGUGGAUGUCGUGUUCAGUGGACAUAAUCAUAUGUAUGAGAGAACAUGGCCUACUUACCAGAACAAAGCUGUGGCCCUCAAUUACAUUAAUCCAUUGGCCCCAGUUCACAUCAUCGUUGGAUCAUUAGGGAACCAGUACCUGACAGAGUAUAUCUCUAAAAGCGGAGGGGGUUGGUCGGCUUUCACAAAGUCUGCAAUGGAAAUGGAAAUUUACGGUCGUCUGACUGUCUACAACUAUACACACCUAAAUUGGGAGGCCAGAUCAGCCAUGGACAACAGUCUUGUGGACAAAAUGUUGAUAAUUCAGAGAGUUCACGGACCAUUCUUAAAUCCUCAGGUCAAUAUUCCCGACCCACUGGGAGAGGCUGGGAAAGCCUGGAGAAAUAAAAACGGAGCCACUGAAGAUGAUGGCUCACUGAUCAACUUAAACUUUUUUGUAGUUUAUGAUGACUACAAUACCCGAGUUACUGUCCUCUGUUUUACCUCAAUAAUCUUACUUAUUGGAGUGUGUCUGAGGAAAAAAAUCAUCAACUUUUUAAGGUUUUGUUGUCUUAAAAAUGAUAAAUGUAACAAUAAUAUCACAUGA